AUGCAUCUUAAUUAUUCUAUGAUAGCCCAGAAUUUGCUUUUCCUUGACGAGCCCACAUCUGGUCUUGACUCUCAGAGUGCCUGGAACAUUGUUGCCUUCUUGCGAAGCUUGGCCGAACAAAGCCAGGCUAUCCUAUGCACUGCCGAAUAUAUGUUGGACGUUAUUGGUGCCGGAGCGACUGCCUUCAGCAGCAUCAACUGGCACGAAGUUUGGAAACGCUCCCCGAGGCAGUCAGGACUGAGCAGGAAAUCCAGGAGAUCCAUACAAUUGGACGAAGUCAACCUGCUGUUGAAACUGAUCUCAGGAUUGAAUACCCCACCCCAUGGCGCAACCAGGUCAUCGAACUUGUCAUUUAAACAAGGAGCUGCUGACCAUUACCGCAUCGCCAAGCUCAUCCUCAAUGUUGCUGGUGGCUUCUUCAUUGGUCUGUCUUUCUCAAGAACCAGGACAGUAUACAAAACGUUCAGAAUUGUAUAUGUACUGUUUACAUGCUUCUCUCAACCGUUGGUGAACAUGUUGCAAGUUCCCUUCGUCGCUACCCGUACUAUCUACGAGGUCAGGAAGCACCCAAGCGGAAUGUACAGCUGGACCGCCCACAUCAUUGCCCAAAUUCUGGCUGAACUGCCAUGGAACAUCCUGGGAUCCUGCCUUUACUUCCUUGUUUGGUGCUGGACCUCCCGCUUCCUAUCUGGUCGCGCUGGUUAUUUGUACUUGUCUGUUGGAGUUGUGUUCCCUCUUUACUACACCACCAUCGCCCUAGUACGCAAUGCCUACGGUCUGCAUUUUUUCAGGCAUGGCAAUACAUCGGACUCGGAGAUAUAA